CGGCGGCUCCGGCUCCGCCCCGCGAAGGCAGGCCAGGGAAGCAGGCGCGGCCGCCGCCACUUCGACUCGGGCAGGCGGAGAGAGGGACAAGCCGAGCGCCUCUGGCGAAUCCGCGGCUGGACAGGGCGCAGCAGGACCCUUGUGCAGAGUCCCGGCCCGCAGCAGGAUGACUGAAGGCUUUGACUGUGCCAGCUGCAAGGAGUCCCUCUACGGGCGCAAAUACAUCCAGGUGGACGAGGGGCCCUUCUGCAUCCCCUGCUAUGAUACCCACUUUGCCAACACCUGUGAUGAGUGCAAGGAGCCCAUCGGGCACGACUGCAGGGAGCUCUACUACGAGGACCGGCAUUACCACGAGGGCUGCUUCCGAUGCUUCCGGUGCGACCGCUCCCUAGCCGACGAGCCCUUCACCUGCCAGGGCCAGGAGCUGCUCUGCAACGACUGCUAUUGCCGGGAGUUCUCCUCCCAGUGUGUGGCCUGCCAGCAGGUGGUCAUGCCAGGCUCCCGGAAGCUGGAGUACAACGGCCAGACGUGGCACGAGCACUGCUUCCUCUGCAGCGGCUGCCAGCAGCCCAUCGGGGCUCGCUCCUUCAUCCCCGAGCAGAAGGAUUACUACUGCGUCCCGUGCUACGAGAGCAAGUUCGCCCCCCGCUGCACCCACUGCAAGAAGUCGCUGACCAAGGGAGGCGUGACCUACCGGGAUGAGCCCUGGCACAAGGAGUGCUUCGUCUGCACGAGCUGCCAGACCCCCCUGGCCGGGCAGCAGUUCACCUCUCAGGAAGACCAGCCCUACUGUGUCAAGUGCUUUGGGAGCCUCUACGCCAAGAAGUGCAGCGCCUGCACCAAGCCCAUCACAGGCUUUGGAGGGGGCAAAUACGUCUCCUUUGAGGACCGCCACUGGCACCACAACUGCUUCAGCUGCUCCCGCUGUGCUGCCUCCCUCGUGGGCAAGGGCUUCAUCCCGGAGAACGAUGAGAUCCUCUGCCGUGACUGCGCUAGCGACCUCUGAGGCCGGGCCUGGUGCCGGUUGUCCUCCAGGCUUCCUGCAUCCUGAAGCAGCAGCAGCAGUGGGGCAGAGAGGAUUCUCCCUCCCUGCUUCCCUUUCCCUGCCUCUCUGUGGCUGGGCCUCGGGGGCUGGAUCCACACGCCCUCAUAACUUUGUCCCCAGAGGUUGUGCUGCGAGGUGGGAGGCCGCUCCCUCCCUGCGUCCCCUGUCUCCUGCUAUUGCAGUCCAGCAAAGCCUGUCUAUGCAAGGUCAUCCCAGCAUGGGAUGCAGGGGGGAUGCAUGUCUGAAGCCGUUGCAGCCCCUCCAACCUCCCACCAACCCCUUCCCUGAGCCUCUAGGGAGGGGUCUCCAGUUUCU